AUGGAAAAGCGCCCUGCCAGCCCUUGGGGCUUCAGACGCUGCGCAUUGUUGGUGGCUGCCGGUGCUGGUUGGACCUCCAGGGCCCUCCUGUCAGACCCUUCUGGCACUCUGGGGCAGCGACUGCGCGGACGAUGGGCCAGAAGCGACCGCUCCAGCAACCUUGAAAGAGCGCACAGAGACGGCCUCUUCCAGGUGCGAGACCGCUUUGAUGCUGGUGCUGAACUUGGGGAAGAAGAGAUGUCCUGGACUAGGGAGUACGGCGAAGGCGGCUCCUUUCCAUUUUGGAGCUUGGGCCAGCCGAAAGCAGAGAUCCGCAGACUGGCGGCUGGACUUGAGGAGGCUUCAGGGAAUGGCUUGGCGGCAGUUGUCCUCGGCUGCGGUCUUGGCUUGGAUGUUGCUUACUUGGCAAAAGCCGGCAAGACAAGCGCUCUGACCGCAGUGGCAGGGGUGGACUUUGCCUGGCCUGCCAUCCAGGAAGCCAGGAGACAGCACGGCGACUCCGGGCGGGCCGGCUGCUUCUUCCAUCACUUCGAUGUCUGCGAGCUCCCAGCCCCGACGGUGCCAUUGGACUUCAUCAUUGACAACACGGUCUUUCAAAAUGUGCACAGGAGUGGCCGAUUCGACACAUAUUUGGAGAGUUUAUGCAGAAUUUCAACUCCAGGCCACACGGUGCUUCACCUUAACCUCAUGAGCCGUGAGGGGAUGGAGUCCCGGGAAGAGUUUGGCGAGAGCAUGGAGUACCUGAACUUGCCUCUGCUUCGCCGAUCCGAGAUUUCCACUGCGUUGAAGCCAGAACUAUGGGAGAUUUGGGAGGUUCGCGAGGGUCAUUAUGAUUUGAAGCCGGAGGGGGCUGGCUUCGAGUGUGAAGCCUUUUACACGUUCGGUGGGAAGUCGACUCCAGGGAUUCCGAGCUGGUGUGUUGUUGCCGCGAGAAUCUGA